GCAGAAUGUCUAAACCAGAAGUAAGGAGAGAGAGGAGCAGGAAGAACGAUGAGAACAGAGGGGAGAACACCACCCCGCCCAUCAGCAGAGAUGUGGUCUCGUCAGACAGAGACGCACCUGACAACAUGAACCUGUCGAGCUCAGACUCCUCACAGCUCACCCUGUCAGACACAAGCCUGUCAGAGCUCUGUGAUCUCCAGGCAGUUCAGGAUGCAGGAUCAAAAGAAAGCCUAACAAGCCAUUGGGCAGAGUAUACUUCAAUGACCAAAGACAUGAUCACUAAGUACAAAGAGAAAUGCAGGCGUCUCAAGGAUCAGAACAAGAAGCUGAAGAACAAGCUCAAAGUGCAGAAAGACAACAAUGACCUACAAACAGAAAGUCUUAAACAGCAGAUGGAGGACUACAAGAGGGAAAAAGAUUCAGCAAACACUAGCCUGGCACAACUGUGUGCUGAACUGAAAGAUAUGAGACUCAAACUACACUCUGAGCAAAUGCUUAGACAGGAGAUGGAGGAGACCUUGAGAACAUUGGGCCAUGGUGAAUUCUUCCCAAGCCAUCAUAAAGACAAGGUCGAGCGGCUUCAGGAGGAAUUGGAUCUUGCAGUAUUCAUGAAGGAUGAAGUAGACAUGCGACUCUUGGAGGAAAAAGAGAAAAAUCUGGUCCUACAGAAAGAGCUGACCAGAACGGCAGAUGUCAUCAAAGACCUGGAAAUCACAUUAUCCAGAACAACAAGAACACUUGAUGUCCAGCAGGAGGCAAACCUGGCAGCGGAGACAGAGAUUAAAAAAAAGCUCAGGGAAGCCCAAGAGAACUUCGACAUGGCUACAGAGAAGUUACAAACCACGUUUAGCCUCCUUCAGAUCAAAACAGCAGACUUUGAGGAGCUGAGGAGACAUCUUGCACUUAUGGAAGAACAUAACACAAACAGCAACAACAACAACAACAAUACAAACAUGGUCAAGCUUGAAGACUAUCAGAUGCUGGAAGAAAGAUUUGCUAUUGAAGUAUCAAGCUUGGAGUCUGACCUUGAGGGCUUACACAAAACCAACAAACAUCUUCGAGUAGAGCUUGAGAAUGUGCGCAGAGUGGCAGAUGUCGUCAAAGACCUGGAAAUGAACUUAUCCAGAACAACAAGAACACUUGAUGUCCAGCAGGAGGCACACCUGGCAGCGGAGACAGAGAUGAAAAAAAAGCUCAGGGAAAUAGUGUCCUUCAAGCCCAUCUCAAGGAACAACCUUGUGGUCACGCCACCUCAGAUAGUGUCCUUCAAGCCCAUCUCAAGGAACAACCUUGUGGUCACGCAACCUCAGAUAGUGUCCUUCAAGCCCAUCUCAAGGACCAACCUUGUGGUCACGCAACCUGAGAUAGUAUCCUUCAAGCCCAUCUCAAGGACCAACCUUGUGGUCACGCAACCUGAGAUAGUGUCCUUCAAGCCCAUCUCAAGGACCAACCUUGUGGUCACGCCACCUCAGAUAGUGUCCUUCAAGCCCAUCUCAAGGACCAACCUUGUGGUCACGCAACCCCACAUAGUAUCCUUCGAACCCACCUCUACAAACAAGCUGGCCAUCACCGAGCCAACCCUGUGCUACUUUGACCCAGACAUCACUGAAGCAGGCAUUAGCACCAAGCCGGAGUUGCUGAAGGAAAAGGAAGAUGUGGACACGUACUCCAACGACUGUGGUGACGGCUCCCAACCAGACCAGUUCUACAUCAUCGAGCUGGAGGCUGAGCUUACUGCAGCAAGACUCUCGAACACAAUUAAAGAUGAAGAAAUUCAAGAUCUCAGAUCACAGAAUCUCAAGCUGACUGUAGAACUCGAGGAGGAACAAAUGAAGUGCUCUAACGACUGUGGUGACGGCUCCCAACCAGACCAGUUCUACAUCAUUGAGAUGGAGGCUGAGCUUACUGCAGCAAGACUCUCGAACACAAUUAAAGAUGACACCAUACAAGAGCUGAGAUCACAGAUUCUCGAGCUGACUGUAGAACUCGAGGAGGAACACAAGAAGUACUCCAAUGACUGUGGUGACGGCCCCCAACCAGACCAGUUCUACAUCAUCGAGCUGGAGGCUGAGCUUACUGCAGCAAGACUCUUGAACACAAUUAAAGAUGACGACAUUCUAGAGCUGAGAUCACAGAUUCUCGAGCUGACUGUAGAACUCGAGGAGGAACACAAGAAAGUUGCCUGUCAAACUAUUGAUUUGGAGGCCAUGAAGGCCUGCCAGGAGUCCCUUGAAGAGCAACUGAACAACACAAGUGUCACUAUGGACAUGACUGGAGAAAAGCCUAACAUUAGGCACAGCCUCUCUUCUACAGACUAUUCUACAGACUGGGAAGAAGAGUCCUUGAGUUCUACAGACUAUUCUACAGACUGGGAAGAAGAGUCCUUGAGUUCUGCAGACUAUUCUACAGACUGGGAAGAAGAGUCCUUGAGUUCUGCAGACUAUUCUACAGACUGGGAAGAAGAGUCCUUGAGUUCUGCAGACUAUUCUACAGACUGGGAAGAAGAGUCCUUGAGUUUGAGGAUUUGA